GAUCUAGAUUCCGAUGGGUGAGUAGAACAUACAUUAGGAACAAAGAAGAAUAUCAAAUCUAUCUGGCAGCUCAUCUCACUUUCAGCUAUGAGGUUUGAGGAAGUCCUUCAUGAAAUUGGUGGCUUCAACAAGUUCCAGUUUCUGGUUCUAUACAUCCUGUGGCUCCCACGCGUCAUCCUCCCACUGCACUUCCUGCUCCACAACUUCAUCUCAGGUGUGCCACCCCACCACUGCGCCCUGCCUCACUUGGAUGACCGGUACACAGCUGGCACAGAGAAGGACAGUGCUGAGGUGUCGGCACAGAUUCUGGCACUUGGCAUCCCACAUAAUGCAGAUGGGUCCUACAGCUCCUGCAAGAUGUACCCCCUUCCCCUGGACUUUGACCCUAAUGCUGACCUCUCCCUAGUGUAUGGAAACCGAUCAAAUGUGUCGGUGCCAUGCCAGCACGGAUGGGUAUAUGACCGCUCACAGUUCACCUCAACAACCGCAACUGAUUCGGCUCUUCUGGCAUAUCUCAUCAGGGACUGGAGGCACCUCAUCCUGGUAGUGACUUCACCUUGCCUUGUGGGCAUAAUUGCCUGGUGGUGGAUUCCUGAGUCAGCAAGAUGGCUGCUAGCCAAUGGCAGGGUGGAAGAGGCGCAGAAGUAUCUCAUUCAGUGUGCUAAGAUGAAUGGAAAGCACAGUUGCACUCAUAAACUAGACACUGAGACCUUAAAGAAAAUCACCGUUAGUGAGGUCUCCAACAAGAAUCAUUCCUACCUUGAUCUAGUGAGGACACCGAAACUGAGGAAGAUUGUGUUUUUCUCAGGGAUUUUCUGGUUUGCAGUUGCUUUUACCUACUAUGGAAUCAGCUUCAACAUCACUGGGUUUGGUCUGAACAUCUAUCUCACGCAGUUUGUCUAUGGAGUUAUUGAAGUCCCAGCUAAGGUCGGGACCUACUUCACUCUGGAUUGGAUUGGACGCAGAAAUGGCCAGGCGUGGUCUCUCAUUAUAGCAGGAGUUCUGAUUGGACUAAACAGUAUAAUCCCAACAGAGUUUUCUGCUGUGCGGACAGGGAUUGCAAUUAUUGGGAAGGGAUUCUCUGAGGCAGCGUUUACCAUUGCCUUCUUGUACACAUCUGAGCUUUACCCUACUGUACUCCGGCAGUGCGGCUUGGGCUACACCUCUUUUAUAGCGCGUAUCGGAAGUUCGCUGGCUCCCAUGGUCAUAUUAUUGGAGGACAUGUGGCGCUUUGCACCCUCUCUAGUGUUUGCUGCCACUGCAGUUCUCAGUGGAUGUGUGGUCUUCCUUCUGCCUGAGACCACGAAUGUUCAGCUUCCAGAGAAUGUUCUGGAUAUAGAGGAGGGCAGGCACACGAUGACCACGGAAUCGGAGAGGGAUGUUGAACUGAACUGAAUGAGAUGAAUCCAGCACCUCCGAAUUUACAAGAGACGGAUUCAUGAAGACAAAUACUGUCAGAAAACAAUGAUUCCUUACAGUUCAACACCCUUAUGGACAGAUGUGAAUAAAUAACAUCAGUUGCAAGACAUUUAUGGUGCACAAGGGAUAAAAGAAGAUAUAUAUUUGAUGUUCCUGGGGAUGAGCUUGCACAAGAAUAAAAAACACCAGUAAAGUAAAAUCUCACUGAAUUUAAGUCAACAAAUAGCUGUCUAUGACGAUAAGGUGUUUUUUUCUUCUUCUGUAGCUUUAAAGAAAUAAAAUAUAAU